AUGGGUCCUUUUACAUCUUUUGUUAUGGUUAUUAUUUUGUGUGUUCAUUUAAUGAAUGGUCUUGUAAUUGCUGAUGAUCAUAAUGUUAAUGAAAAUGACAAUCAUUUGUAUGUUUCCGAGGAAACGCUAAAAGCUAAAGGAAAUAGGAGGUCUCUAACACUUUUACCUUUAAUAAUUGGUGCACAUGCAUUACAUCGACGUGCGAGGGCUGCUGGUAAAACUUGGCAUAGUGGUGAAGGAGCAAACGCAGGAGUAGGAGGCGGAUUUCAAAAUAGUGGAAACAUUGCUGGCACAGGAGGAGGAGGAGGGGGAGGAGGAGGUAGUGGUGGUGGUGAUGCAGGUGGCGGUGGCGGUGGCAGUGGCGGUGGCAGUGGCGGUGGUAUAGCUGCUGGGGGUGGUUUUGGUUUUGGGUUUAGAGGCGGAAUAAGAGCAGGAUUUGGUGGAAACAGGGUUGGAAGUGGUAGCACUAAUGUUGGUGGAGGGGCAGGAGGCCAAGUCGAAGGUGUUGGUAAUGGUGCAACUAGUACAAGUGGUAGUCUUAGCAGAACAAAGAGUAAUGAUGGCAAAGCUAGUGAUACUAAUAAGAGUGAGGCUAAAGCUGGUUUUGAAGGUAAAGUAGGAGCAAACGCAAGAGUGGGAGGUGGAUUUCAGAGUAGUGGAAACAUUACUGGCGCAGGAGGAGGAGGUGGUGGUGGUAUGGAUGCUGAAGGUAAAGUUGGAGGACAAAAAGAGGUUGGUGGAAAUAGUGGUAGAAGUGGUAGCACUGGUGUUUCUGGUAAGGUAGGAGGGCAAGGUGGAGGAGUUGGUAGUGGUAGUAUUGAUGUAAGUGGUACUCAUAGCGAUGAAAAAGAUAAUGAUGGAAAAAUUAGUGCUACUAGUAAGGGUGAAGCUAAAGAUGGGUCUGGAGGUAAAAUAGGAGGACAAGGAGGUGGUGGUGGUGGUGGUAUAGCUGGUGGGGGUGGUUUUAAGUUUGGGUUUAGAGGCGGAAUGCGAACAGGAUUUAGUGGAAAUGGUGGUGGAAGUGGUGGCACUAAUGUUGGUAAAGGGGCUGCAAGCCAUGCUGAAGGUGUUGGUAGUGGUGCAACUAGUACAAGUGGUAGUCUUAGCGGAGCAAAGAGUAGUGAUGAAAAAGCUAGUGAUACUCGUAAGAAUGAGGCUAAAGUUGGUUUUGAAGGUAAAGUAGGAGGACAAGGUGAGGUUAGUGGAAAUAAUGGUAGAAGUGGUAGCACUAGUGUUGCUGGCAAGGUAGGAGGGCAAGGUGGAGCUAUUGGCAGUGGUAGUACUGAUGCAAGUGGUACUCAUAGCGAUGAAAAGGAUAAUGAUGGAAAAAUUAGUGCUACUAGUAAGGAUGAAGCUAAAGAUAGGUUUAAAAGUAAAGUAGAAGGGCAAGGAGGUGGUGGGGGUGGUUUUAAGUUUGGGUUUAAAGGCGGAAUAAGAGCAGGCUUUGGUGGAAAUAGUGGUGGAAGCGGUGGCACUAAUGUUGGUGGAGAGGCUGGAGAUCAAGCCGAAAGUGUUAGUAAUGGUGCAACUAGUACAAGCAGUGAUCUUAACGGAUCAAAGAGUAGUGAUAACAAAUCUAGUGACACUAGUAAGAGUGAGGGUAAAACAGGUUUUGAAGGUAAAAUAAGAGGACAAAGAGAGGUUGGUGGAAACAGUGGUGGAAGUGGUAGCACUAGUGUUGUUGGUAACGUAGGAGGGCAAGGUGGAGGUGUUGGCAGUGGUAGUUCUGAUGCAAGUGGUAUUCAUAGCAAUGAAAAAGGUAGUGAUGAAAAAGCUAGUUUCACUAGUAAGGGUGAAGCUAAAAACGGGUUUGAAGGUAAAAUAGGAGGACAAGAAGGUGCAGGCAGUGGUGGUGAAAGUGGUAGCACUAGUGUUACUAGUGGAGGUGUUGGAAGUGGUACUAUCGGUGCAAAUGGAAAAUUUAGUCAUAGUGGAAAAUUUAGUGCUUCUCAUAAUAGUGAAACUAAAUCAUCUCAUAAAAGUGAAACUAAAUCAUAUCAUAAGAGUGAACACAAAGAUACUUUUGAAGGAAAUUUUGGAGGAAAAGGAAAUGUCGAUGGAAAUAAUGGUGGAAGUGGUAGGUCUAGUGCUUUUGCUGGGGUAGAAGGAAAAGGUAUAGGGGAUGCUAGUGUUAAUGCAUAUGUAAAUAGUGCUCAUAGUAGCACAAAAAAUAGCGAUGGGAAAGCUAGUGCUAAUAGUAAAGAUAAAGUUAAAGCUAAAGUUGAAGCUAAUGCUGAAGCUAAUGCUAAAGCUAAUGCUAAAGCUAAUGCUGAAGCUAGAGUUAAAGCCGAAACUAAUGUUAAAGCUAAUGCUGAAGCUAAAGCUAAAGCCGAAGCUAAUGCUAAAGCUAAUACUGAAGCUAAAGCUAAAGCCGAAGCUAAUGCUAAAGCUAUGGCUGAAGCUAAAGCUAUGGCUGAAGCCGGAGCUAAAGCUGAAGCUAAAGCUAAGGCUGAAGCCGAAGUUAAAGCUAAAGCAGAAGUCGAAGCUAAAGCUGAGGCUGAAUCCGAAGCUAAAGCAGAAGCUAAAGCUAAAGCUGAGGCUGAAGCCGAAGCUAAAGAUGAAGCUGAAGCUAAAGCUAAAGCUGAAGCCGAAGCUAAAGCUGAAGCCGUAGCUAAAGCUAAAGCUAAAGUCGAAGGAAAAAAUAAAAGUGAAGCUAAAGUUGGAAUAGAAGGACAUGGAAAGGCAAGUGGAAAUAAUGGUGAAAACGGUAGCAAUAAUGUUAAUGGCAAAGUUAGUGCUUCUAGUAAGGCUGAAGCCAAAGCUGAAGUUAAUGCUCAAGCUAAAGGUAAAAUAGAAGGACAAGGAAACGCUAGUGGAGAUGGUGGUGGAAGUGGUAGUAAUAAUGUUGACGGUGGGACUGAAGGACAUGGCAGAGGUGGUGGUGGUGGUCACAUGCAUUUUGGUGGUGGUGGUGGUGGCCACAUGCAUUUUGGCGGCGGCGGUGGUGGUCACAUGCAUUUUGCUGGUGGUGGUGGUGGAAGUGGUAGCAGUAGUGUUGAUGGUGGGGCUAAAGGGCAUGGUGUAGGUGGUGGUGGUGGUGGUAGUCACAUGCAGUUUGGUGGUGGUGGUGGUGGUCAUAUGCAUUUUGGUGGUGGUGGCGGUGGAAGUGGUAGCAGUAAUGUUGAUGGUGGGGCUAAAGGGCAUGGUGGAGGUGGUGGUCAAAUGCAUUUUGCUGGUGGUGGCGGUUUUAAAUUUGGUUUUGGAGGAAAAGUAGGAGGAGGAGGGUUUGGUGGAGGCCACUAA